GCAGCAGUAAAAUGCAGCAUUCGUAGUGCGCAUGCGUUUGCCCCAGUCGCGUCCGGGACUGGUUAUUUAUAGUAAGUGACGUCACCUAGAAAUAGAACGCGGGGGAGCAGCGCCUCCUCCCCUCCCCUGCAGUCUCCUCAGCUCCGCCCCCUCCUUGCCCUCACAGGGCGCAGGCGCGGGGGGCGGCAACAGUGCGCGAGGCACAGAGCGGGUAGAGAGAAGCGCGACUCGCGAGCUGUACACGCGGGUGAGGCAACAGAGCGAGCGCGCGAUCUUCGCUCCGCCACAGUCCUCGAGGCGCCCACCAACCCCUGCCCGGCGAGCCCCACGGUCACGGAGCGCAAGGCGCCAACGGCCGCGGAGCGAGCGCGUUCGCGCGCCAGGUAGCCCGUGAAGCGCCACCUCUUCCCCUCACUCCCCGCGUGAGAGGGGUGCCGCCGAGUGCCCGGCCCGGCAGUCACUACGGAAGCGGCCAUGGGGGACCGAGAGCAGCUGCUGCAGCGAGCCCGCCUGGCCGAGCAGGCGGAAAGAUACGACGACAUGGCCUCGGCCAUGAAGGCGGUGACUGAGCUGAAUGAGCCCCUCUCCAAUGAAGAUAGAAACCUGCUGUCUGUAGCCUAUAAGAAUGUGGUUGGGGCUAGACGAUCUUCCUGGCGAGUCAUCAGCAGCAUAGAGCAGAAAACUAUGGCAGAUGGGAAUGAGAAGAAGCUGGAAAAAGUUAAAGCUUACAGGGAGAAGAUCGAAAAGGAGCUGGAGACAGUCUGCAAUGAUGUUUUGGCCCUCUUAGAUAAGUUCUUGAUCAAGAACUGCAAUGACUUCCAAUAUGAGAGCAAGGUCUUUUAUCUGAAAAUGAAAGGAGAUUACUACCGCUAUUUGGCAGAAGUUGCUGCUGGUGAGAAGAAGAACAGUGUUGUGGAAGCUUCAGAGGCUGCCUAUAAAGAGGCUUUUGAAAUCAGCAAAGAGCACAUGCAGCCCACUCACCCGAUAAGGCUUGGGUUGGCACUCAACUUCUCAGUGUUCUACUAUGAAAUCCAGAAUGCACCUGAGCAGGCCUGCCUUUUAGCCAAACAAGCCUUUGAUGAUGCCAUAGCUGAGCUGGACACACUAAAUGAGGAUUCCUACAAGGACUCCACACUUAUCAUGCAGUUACUUCGAGACAACCUCACUCUCUGGACAAGUGACCAGCAGGAUGAGGAAGCAGGAGAGGGCAAUAACUAAAGAGCUUUCAUCCUAGCCCUCCAUCAUCCACUUCACCAUCCCCAUUAUCACCAUCCCACAAUAUUUCCUUGCCAGUCUCACUAAAUAUCUAGUGCUAAGCAUAUCUGUAUUGUUAGCACAGCUGUUCAGAUCUGCAGUCCACUUUAUCAGGAGGCAGUUUUGGAUAAGUCUUCAUGAGCAUUGCUGGAUUGAUUGAUUGAUCUGCCCUGUUUAUCAUAGUUGCACUUGAAUGGUGCAGAAAGAUGCAUAUUAAAGAGGCAUUUUAGUUUGCCUAUUGAUCAUAAAAUAUGGGCAAGAAUAAUAGAAAGUGAAUUAAUCAGAAAUCUAAUCUUUAAAUUUUCCAUUUGAAACAAGCUGAUAGUGUUUUGUUAAGCAGUACAUCUUGUGCAUGCAAAGCAAAUUAGCCACCCCAAAAACUUUUUUCAACCGAUGAAAACAGUUAAGCUGAUGUGAAGUGACAACUUAGUUCUAUUUAUCAGUUUACAAACUGUUCAGAAUGUGAGGUUUUGGUAGCAACUUGUUUUUUUGCCUCUUUAACUUAUGAUGUGCACAGACUUUCAUUUAAUGCAAUGCAUCUACUUAAAAGUUUUGAUACUUGUAACCUUUUUUGCAGUUGUUUUGAAAAAUCAUGAAUUUAUUUUUUGUAAACUCUUUGGCUGUUUAGUUGUCUGUGUAUUCUGACAGCGCCAUGUCCGUGUUAGCCCAUGUUAAGAUGGAUGACUCUCUGAAAUGCCAGACUUCUAAAUUUAAUGUUUUGGAAUUAAAUGAAUAAAAUAAAAUGCUGCUUCAGAAAUAUUAUCUCUA